GUUUUGUAAACAGAAAGAAACUGAAAGUUUCUCAGAUGUGGUGUACGGUGUACUUUCAUUCUCUUAUUUUAAGAAAACUUUCUUUGGGUUUCAGCAUGAUUUAGCUCAAUUUCAGUUUCACAAUGAACCCUUCAAAAUUUCUAAUAUUUCGUGCUCUUACAGUUAAAUUUUUACCAUCGUUUUCACUGCGGAAGCAUCACAACCUCAUGUAGCAUUAUCUGAUGUGCAAUGAUUCCGUUUUUGUAUUUGGUUAGUCGCUCGCUUUCAUAAUUUUUCUCUGAGUCUCCAGCAAACCACUCAAAAUUUUUCAAGAUGUGUGUUGGCCCUUUCAGUAAGCUGGGACAUUGGGGUCCAAUUGCUGUGAUAUGUAUCAUUAAGCUAAUUACGUUCACAACUUUCUACUGCACCAGAAUGUGGUGGCCACCAACGAGUUCACUCAGUGGAUUCUUGAAUAUCUCUUGUUUCCUAACAUUCAGUGGUCUCGCUUUCUACAACUUUCUGAAUGCUGUCAUUGAAGGUCCAGGAUUUCUUCCUCUCAAAUGGAAACCUGAAUCUCCCAGGGAUGAACAGUUCUUACAGUAUUGUGAAGCAUGUGACGGCUUCAAAGCUCCCAGGUCCCACCAUUGUAGAAAAUGUGCUAGGUGUGUCUUAAAAAUGGAUCAUCACUGUCCAUGGAUCAAUAAUUGUGUUGGUUAUGCCAACCAUGCUCAUUUUACUUUAUUCUUGUUCUUUGCUGUCUGCGGUUGUUUCCACUCUACAGUUCUUCUUGUUAUCUCCAUCUACAAGGGUCUGAAUCGGCGGUGGUAUUUGUUGUAUAGACCAUCAGAGCCUGUGAUGGAACUCACAAUGAUGAAUUUGCUGUUAGGAGUAUUUUCCUUAGGACUUUCAAUUGGUGUCGUGCUGGCAGUAGGAAUGUUACUUCAAUUUCAGCUUCGAACAAUUUUGACUAAUCGCACUGGGAUUGAAGAAUGGAUUUGUGACAAAGCAAAACAUAGGCGACGCGAUAAGAAAGACCCUCCUUUCGUCUACCCAUAUGAUUUGGGCAUGAAGAAAAAUUUCCUUCAAGUCAUUAACUGGAAGUGCGAACCUGUUGGGGAUGGAAUUCAUUGGCCUGUUUUGGAAGAAUGUGAUCAGUACACAUUAACAGUCGAGCAACAAAGACAAAAGAUAAUCAAAAGGUUACACACUAGACCAUACACUGUUCUCAAAAAAUUCGAUGGAAGUUGGUUCCCGUGCCGUCAUGGUGUCUGCACUCUCUGUAGGCCUCCGUUCUCUGAUGAGGCAAGAAUACCUUUAGAAGUGGGUCAAACAGUAUCAGUUACCCGGUGGAAAAAAUACUGGUUAUUUGGUGAAGUAUCGACGCAAGGAAACAAAAGACUAAAAGGGUGGUUCCCUAGCAAUUGUGUUGUUCCUGUCACUUUUAUUGAAGAAGAUGACACAAAGCCAGAUGGUGAAGAUGUUAAAAAAACAAACUGACAGUAAUUUUUGCGCAAAAUGUCAUCGUUUCAGUUUAUCGCCAUUAGCUGUUUAACUAUUCUUGUUUGCCCAUGUCUGAAUCAAAUUAUGAACAAUUUGACUUGGAGGACUUUGAUUGAAGGUGUCAAAAAUAGUUCAUGGAUGAAGUUUUUCCUUUUUGGAUAAAUUCAACGAAAGCAGA